CUAAUUUUUAAUAGAAAAUUUAUUUACAUGCCAAUCCUUGUGAAUACGACACGGGAAUAAAUUGAACUCUUUUAGAGGGAAAUUUACUACCACUAAAAAUCAAUCUUCAAAUGGCGCCGUUGCCGGGGAUUGGCGCGUAAAAUUUUUUUUUUUUAAAAUUAUUUAGUUAGCCUGGAAGAAAAUUGGUUAAGUCGAUUUUCUAUCAUCUUUUCAUUAUUUGGCAAACUACAUGCAAACCCACUCUACUAGUGGGGGUAGUUUUGCUCCGUACACUGAUAAUCCUGAAGGAAUUCUCCGCCAACCUAAAAAUUCACCCGGUGAGAAUUCUGAAGAAGAAAAACAAGAAGUUGAGCAACUUGUUAUUCAAAUGGAGGAGGUCAAUAACAACAGAAUGAGACGGACGGUGCUCCAAGCAAUGAGCCCCGCAUAUACUGAGGAAGAUCCAAUUGGACUCCCCAAUAUUGAUGCCCACAUGUUCGAGAUCAAACCCGCAAUGAUCCAAAUGGUCUCGAACAAUCAAUUUGGGGGUCUUAAAAAUGAAGAUCCAAGAGCUCACAUGUUAUGGUUUUCUCGAACUUGCCAAACAUUCAGAACGAAUGGAGUGUCUGCCGAUCGUGUUAAACUAUCGUUGUUUCCCUUCUCACUACGAGAUAGGGCAGCACGAUGGUUGAAUACGUUCCCGAAAGGACAUUUCACCACAUGGGAGGCGCUUCAUCAAGCCUUCAUGCACGAAUACUUCCCACCAUCUGCCAUUGCAAAAAUUAAAAGAUCUAUUCAGAGUUUUUCUCAAAAUUCGACUGAAUCUUUAAGUGAAGCAUGUGAAAGAUUCAAGGAUCUGAAGAUCAAAUGUCCACCUGCUCUAAUUGAUCCUGACAGCCUAAUGUUCCAUUUCUACCAAGGACUUCUGGUUUCAUCGAAGAAAGAACUAGACCACUCUUCAAAGGUCGGUUCUUUCCUAGAUAUGAUGCCGGAGGAAAAUGAAGAAUUGGUGGAAAAACUCACAUCAAAUGCAAAAUACUGGUACGAAGACCGAGUUCCACAACAAAAAGCUGGAAUGUAUGAGGUGGACACUUUCACAGCACUCAAGGCAAGUAUGGAAAGUCUCAUCAAGCGAACCAUCCAAGAUCAGUUCAGUGCAAGUUCGCAUCCAAACAAACAACAUGAAUCAAUUGCUCAGGCCGAUGCUUACUAUCAAGGAGGAUCUAGUUCACACCAAAAUGAACUGGUCCUGUCUUGUGAAUCUUGUACAGGUGCACAUCUGACAUCUCAGUGCCCGUACAAUGAAAGCACAACAAAGGAACGGCCGCGUGAAGUACACUUGGCACAAUAUGCCAACAAAGGGGAAGGACCAUGGGCCCCUAAUCAGUACCAGCCAGUUUAUCAGCGCGAUGAUCCUUCGAGGGAGCGCAACAAUAACCAUUUCCAGCGAAAUAAUCGUUCAAGGGACGAUUACAAACAAGGCGGCUGGAACAACAACACCAAUUAGAAUAGUCAAAGAGGGUCUGGCUAUAACCAAGGGGGAAAUACUCAAGUAUAUGUUCCCCCACACCAAAGACAAGUUGAGGAUCCUAUGGCCGAAAUGAAAAGGAUGAUGGAGG